AUGGAAAAGAUAAACAAGGCGAGAAAGAAAGGAGGCAUGGCAGAAAAAGAAGGAAGUGCAUCAACGUCACUCCACGAGCAAGGGAAUGUGUCUCUUCAAUGCCCAAAAUUGAAAGAGGCGAAUUACACCCAAUGGGCAGUUAUGAUGGAAACAAUCUUGAAGUCAUAUAGUCUUUGGGAAAUAGUUAUUUCAACGGAAGUGAUAAACGAAAAGAAGGCGCAUACAACGAAAGCAAUUAUCUUCCAAACGCUACCGGAAGAUGUUCUGAUGCAAGUUGCACAAUACGAAAAAGCAAAGGAAGUAUGGGAUGCGAUCAAAGUUCGUUAUCUUGGAGCAGAUAUGGUUCAAAAAGCACGUCUACAAACUUUGAGGAGCGAACUAGGAGCUUUAAAGAUGGAUGAGAAUGAAACAGUAAGUAGUUUCGCGAGCAAGCUGGGUGGUAUAAAAGCCAAAUUUAAAACCCUAGGUACCACCAUUAAAGACAAGAAACUUGUAAGGAAAUUACUUAUCUCCAUUCCGAAGAAGUUUCUACCCAUCGUGGCAAAUAUCGAACAGUAUUCAGAAAUAGACAAAAUGCCAUUUGAAGAAGCAGUGGGAAGAAUAAUAGCUUUUGAAGAACGUCUCAAAAGUCAAGACAAGCAAGAAGAUAAUAAUCAAGGAGGACUCAUGAUGGCAAGUGCAGAUAAUCAGUUUGAAAGUUUGCAUCAUGGAAAGGGUCGUGAUGUUCAAAACCAUGGUAGAAGUCAAGGACAAGGAUCUUUCAAAGAAGGAAGAGGACGUGGAAAAGAUAUGGGUCCAAGAAACCAAGACAAGAGCAAGUUUAGAUGUUAUGAUUACGGAGAACUUGGUCAUUUUGCAAAAGAUUGCACCAAAUGGAAGGAAUGGGAGAAAGACUUAAAGCAAGAAGUCAAUCUCGCAUUGGAAGAGGAACCAAUGCUACUGCAAGUCAAGCAACUUGAAGACCUUUAUUUAGUUUAA